UCAUAUUUUUUCCCCGUAUAUGCAUCCUACUUAUUGAUUUGUAAUAAAGUUGAACUGCAAAGAGUAAAACAGACAAUCGCCACAGACCACCAACUCUCAGAAGACAAGAAUCAGUUUACUUGCCAAACGGUUUUAAAAAUGAUUCUGAUUUUCUAGGAGAAUCAGGAGGAUCAGCUCCUCACAAGGAUCAAGAUCUAGAGCUAAAGAAGCAGGAGCUGGAGCUUUGCCAAACGGGCCCUAAGUUAUUCAAAGAUCUAAACGUGAGAAUUUUUCAAGAAAAGGGUCCAAAUAAAAAAAAUUACGGCCUCCGUCCCUGCUUGGAGCCCAAGCCGUGCCAACAAAGCGCGCCCGCCGACUAGCAACGUCGGUUCACCAAUCAACGAUUCAAAGUUGACUGGUCAACUCAGCUCGUUAAAUAUAUGGUCGCUCGGCGCUCGCCCAGUCGCCCCUUCCGCUCGACGCAAAUCGUGAAACAGUUUAGAAUUUCCAACGAAAGUCCUACGAGCCUGCGAGUGCUAAACUGCUAACUGCUAAGACUGCAAUGGCGGCCGGAGGCGAGCUGCAGCUGCUGAGCUCAUGGUACAGCCCCUACGUGAUCCGCGCCAAGGUGGCGCUGGGGCUGAAGGGGCUCAUCUACGAGUUCAUCGAGGAGGACCUCUUCAGCAAGAGCGACCUGCUGCUGAAGCUCAACCCGGUGCACAAGAAGGUGCCCGUCCUGGUCCACGGCGGCCGCCCCGUGUGCGAGUCGCUCGUCAUCGUGCAGUACGUCGACGAGACCUGGGCAGCAGGCACCGGGACCCCUCUCCUUCCUGCCGACGCCCACGACCGCGCCACGGCUCGCUUCUGGGCAGCCUACGUCGACGACAAGGUCGACGACGGCGGAGAAGGCGGCGGAGGCGCUCGGCGGCGUGGUCCCCGUGGUGGAGACGCUGGAGCAGGCGUUCAGGGAGUGCUCCAGGGGGAAACCCUUCUUCGGCGGCGACGCCGUCGGGCUCGUGGACAUCGCGCUCGGGAGCUUCGUGGUGUGGAUCAGGGUGGUGGACGAGGCGGCCGGCGUAAAGCUUCUGGACGAGGCCAAGUUCCCGGCCUUGACGGCGUGGGCGGAGCGCUUCUUGGCGGUGGACGCCGUGAGGGAGGUGAUGCCGGACGCUGGAAGGCUGUUGGAGCACUACAAGGGGUUUCUGGCUAAACGGGCUCCACCUUCACCUGCUGGUUACUGAUCGCUGUAACAGGAAGCUCAGUGUUCGUGUACUUUUCCGUGCGUUAAUAGGUGUGUACUGGGGUUCAAGAAAGGCUUUGAUUGUGUCCAGACGAAUAAACGGAUGUCUUUGGGGGCUAAAAUGCUACUGAUGAUGGUUCUGGCAUCA